AUGGAAAACGCUAAAUUCCAGGUUGAGGUCGAUCCCAACGAGGAUACUGAGUGGAACGAUAUUCUUCGAUCCCAUGGUAUAAUUCCAGAGAAGCCGCCAUCCCCACUGGCCCAACUUGAGGAGGCUUUGGAUGAGGCUAUCAAAAAAGCUCAUGAUACCCGUCUCGAUGAUUUGGAGUUGGCUGAGCUCGAAGCUCUCGAAGAUGAGGAAGAUGAGGACUUCUUGGAACAAUACAAGCAAAAGCGAAUGGCUGAGAUUCGAGAAUUGUCUGAAAAAGCCAAGUUUGGUCACGUUUUCCCGAUCACCAAACCUGAAUUCAAUGACGAGGUUACUGAAGCUCUGAAGAAAGGUGACGAUGGGACCUGGGUCUUAGUUCACAUGUCAUCACAGGCUGCAUUACAAUCAAGAUUGUUAGCUCAAUUAUUGUCUGAGUUGGCGAUCAAAUACCCCGAAAUCAAAAUCUGCGACAUUCCUGCUAGAUCAGCGGUCGAAAACUAUCCAGAAAAGAACUGUCCCACAUUAAUCAUUUACCACCAAGGUAAUAUCGUUAAGCAGUUUAUUACCUUGACCCAAUUGGGUGGCAAUGCUACCACCUUAGAAGAUCUUGAGAAGGUCUUGGUUGACACCAGUAUAGUGUCUCCUAAGGAUCGACGUCUUUUGGUGAACCAGGACGAUUCGGGUGAGGAAGACAAUGGGAGAGGCAAGUCUCUUAGAUUCGCUUCUAGACGCCCGGUGAACGAGUCUGAUGAUGAUGACUUUUACGAUUAA